GACAUAACAUCCGCCAGCAUGUUGACGUUAACGUCAGGGUUGAGGUCUUUGACGUCGUCUUACAGCCGAUUAUCACGUUUUGUUGUGAACAUUUCAGUAAGAAAAAACAACAACUGGUUAGAAGAAGAAGAAGAAGCUUUUCUCGAUGAAGAUCCAGAGGUGUUUGGCCGUUCUGACAUGGCCAGGAUGGAAAACGAACAUCGGAAAUUUGUAAAGCAAAACAUUCUAAAGAGGAAAAAUUUUCCGAUGCCAAAGGAAGCACCAAUAUUGACAUGGGAGGCUAUGGAACAGAUGAAGUUCCUCAAUAAAGAAUUUCCAGAGGAAUGGACAUUGGACAAGAUUACCGAAAGUUUUCCCGUUAGUCGAUUUACAGCAGUACGAAUUCUGAAAUCGGGAGAGAUAUGGACAGAACAGAAAGUAAUUAAAUAUAAUCAAAAAGUACAGAACAAUUUGGAAGCACUUCAAAAGGGUAAUGUGGAAGGGAAUGAAAGGUUGACAAAUGUCCUUAAUUCAUUGACAGCGAGUAAUAAAAUGUCCUUGUUAAGUAACUGUGGUGGACUGAAAGGUCUUCCAAUGCCUACCAAUGAACAUUCCUAUUCUGAUCUCCCAAAAGAGCCUUCUUUCAAGGAGCAAUUGGCUCAGCUGAGAGUCAAUCCUUUCACUAGCAUACUGGCAAAGUAUAAUCGCCUGGAACCUGUUACAGCUGAAAAGGAAAAGGGUGAGACAAAAACACAGAAAAUGUUACACGCUCCUAAGUCACAACAUACAGGCAAAGAAAGGUCCCCUUAUGGGGAAAAGUCAAAAUCUUGUGAUUCACCAAGGUCACCAUAUGGAAAUGACCCAAGGUCAAAGUUUGGUAACUCUCUAAAUGUAAAAUCAAAAUCGGGUGAUUCAUCUAGGGUGGAGUAUGGAACAACACUAAAGUCGAGGUCGGAUACUAUACCUAGGACAAAGUUCAGUGAUUCACCGAGAUCAAAGUUUGAUGAUUCACCAAGAUCUAAGUAUGGUGAUUUACCAAGGUUAAAAUCGGCUGAUUUGCCAAGGUCACAGUAUGGAGAUUCAUCAAGGUCAAAAUUAGGUCAUGCAUCGCCAAGAGCACAGUUUAGUGAUUUACCAAAAUCAAAGUUUGUUAAUUCACCAAAGAUACCAUAUGGAAGUUCACCGAAAUUAGGUAUUGAUGAUUUAUCCGAGAUUCAUGAUUUGGAGAAUGACGAUCUAACAAAGUCAGAGAUCAGCAAUUUAUUUAAGUCGGGGACUCAUGAUUCAUCGAAAUCAAAGAUUGGUGGUGAUUCAAUAAUGACAUCAAAGUCACAUGUUUCAUCAAGGUCAAAGUCACAAUAUGACGAGUCCUGUUCAAAUCUCCCUUCGAUGAUGGACAUUGGGUCGGACAGUGUGGAAAGACUUUACAUGGACCAAGAGCAAGGCGAUGCUGUACAAUCUGAAAUAACAAAUAGCCCUGCCAAAACAUAUCUCAGUAGAAAAGAGAAAAAGAAACUGCAACAAGCUAAAACCCAAGAGUUACCUAGUUCAAAGACAUGGGAUCUGAUGGCCCUGCAAGGCACAGGGAUCAAAAAAUAAUUAAAGGAAUAAUUUGUUAGGUUUAGUAAGGUUUGGAUUCAAACAGCUAUGCAGUAUGUUUGAAACAUGCUAUAAUUAUGCUUUUAUUGUUUUAAUGAAUCAAAUAUAACAGCGCAAUGCGUAAUAAAUGAGAAAUUUAUAUUUUUUUUAUAUGCUCAUUAUAAAUUCCAUCGGGAUCAGUUGUACAUGUAAUGUAUACAUAGUAAUCUGUAGUAGGGCCACGCAUUUUCUUUUUGUAGAUACAAGACGAGUGUACUUUCAAAAACAGGUGUACCAGAAUUUACCUUGGAGUUAGUUUGUACUGUCUAUACAGAUGUUAAUUAAACCACCUGUUGGAUUAUUGAAUGAAACCUUUUGCUCCAAAACUUGCAUAGGUCUGUGUGACAUGAUUUAUAAAUCAAUAUGUAUUUAAAGCAGUCAAAUAUCAUAAGUAAUUUUCAGGUGAAUGGACUUUUAACUCAUUCACCCCUGAAGUUUCAUAAUGAACUAUUCCAACCUUUGAAUUGGAAGAGUUCAAAUGUGUCUUCAGCGGUGAAUGAGUUAAAGUAAUAUAAGAAACGCAUGAUUGCUCUUGGUAAUGGUGGUUAGGAACUGAGGCAGUACAUACAGCUGCAGGCAUGUCCAGAUCCUGGAGUAAGUGUCCUGCCGGAAAUUUGAGGUCCCUGAUAUUGGUCUUUUGGGAUUACUGGCCUUAUCUCACUGAUCAGUUAAUGUACUGGUAAACAGUAUUUCCAAAUUAGGUGUAUAAGACAACAUUACAGGAACUAAAUGAAAUGAUGUUAUGGACAACAUCACUACACUUGUAUUAUGAUCUUAUAUGAUUAUUAACUCAUUCACCCCUGAAAUUUCAUAAUGAAUUAUACCAACCUUUGAAUUUGAAGAGUUCAAAUGUGUCUUCAGGGGUGAAUGAGUCAAUAAUGCUGUAGGACAGCAAUGAUAUAUUGUACCAUAUUGUGUCACAAUAUGUUUUUUGUGUAUCGUUUCAGAUUGUUUUGUUUGCUUGUAUCAUGAUGCACUAACUUAAGGGUACUGAAAUAAUCAACCCUUAAGAGUUUACUUAUUGUUUUGGAAUUCUUCAAUUGUGAUGUGGUCCACUGCGCAGUCAUACCCAAAAGUACUAAAACUCGUACAAAAACAUAUUUUGACAGUAUUUACUACGAAGUCUAGGCAAAUCUCCAUAAAACCCUGCUCUCGAUCAUUAUGAAGUUGACCGUUUGAGCUGAUGUGUGUAUUAAUUGUGAUACAUAUCAUAUCAUAAGCAUCAUACCAUUAGGUAUAUAUAUCAUUGCAGCCCUAAAAUGCUGGCAAGUGCUAUUUUAUCAAAUGUUUUGUCUUGAAAUAAGCCCACCCCCUACUUUGUGUAUGAGUUGAUGUUAAUCUCCACCCCUCGACCUGGGGUAAAAGGGCUUAACAUGCAAUAACCCCAGACAUUGUUGUUAAUAAAAUUGUAUGCACUACAGUUGUUUUAUCUAUCAGCUUACACAACCAAACCGUAAGUGAAACUUGUGUGGUGGUGCAGUGUCCAUCAGCUGUUGACAGUUGUUAAACUUGUUAAAGUUGUUGAAAAAAGGAAGGUGACGGACAGGAGGUGUAUAGAUGUCGCUUUGUUUGUCCAUCCAUGUAUGUUUGUACACCUUCUGACCAUAUCCUCAUAAGGACUGGACCUUCAUUUCCAUAUGAACAUCACAGAUAGAUAUAUCGUGACUAGAUAGUGUAUCCUGAACACUCAAAUGGUAAUUACAAAUCUACAUGUUUUAAAAUAUUAUAAGGUCAAGGUCACAUCAAGGAGUCAAAGGUCAAAGCAUUGUACAAAAUGUAAUUAUUUUCUGGACUAUCAUUUCUGACUGCUAUCACAUUUUCCUGUUAUUUUUUUUUAUAUAAAAUGUGCAUCAUCAAAAUAGAGAAAGUAUGGUGAGUGACCGUACCUUAAAGGUCAAGGUUAUUGGCAGGAAUCAAAGGUCAAAUCAUUGUUAUGUUUUUAUCAAUCAUCACUUCAUCUUGCUUUCCAAAACAUAACUAAUCGUCCACUUUCAAAAUUCCCAUGAAACUACCUAGGUGUGUAUGUCAUGGUUUAGCCACUAGCUCCUGCCUUGUCAUGUUCAAUACCAUCUAGGGACUUGUUUAUUAGGUGGUUUUGACAGAUGAGGCUUGUACAUGUGGUUAGACAUGUGUUGCAAAACACUCUCAGGACCAAGUCAGGACAAGAAGCAAGAUGAUCAAUUUGUAUAUC